GCAUAUAUGUAGUUCAUGGCAACCGUAAAAAGUGAAAUAAAAACAAAAACACAAGAAAAUCAACAGCUGUUUUUCGAAAAACCAACAAAGCAUACAAGGCAAGGCGAGAGAGCGCACAACAAAUGUGGGGGGCAGCUCAAAGAUCGAGGAGCUGGAAAAUCUAUUCUGAACUCAAAUGGUCUGCGACAACCAACUAAUCAGUAAAAUAAAUAUUUUCACACCUACAUAAGGAGGGGAGAAUUCAACGAUCUCUUUCAGAACUUCUUCCAUCAUCGAUGAAUCGAUCUCAUCCGGAUCAUGCUGAAACACAAUGAUCAUUUCAUAUGAUUUCCAUUGCCCCGUCUAAAUGCCAUAAAAUCGACAGAGCAUUCAAAAACAAAACCAAACAACAAAACCGAAAACGAAAACUAACGCCCAUAAACUGAACUCUUAUCUACUUUAUUCCCCUAAAGAUUACAAUACUCAAAUAUCCCACAUGCUGGAUGUGUGCCCUCGCUCAGGUAAAGAGCGUUAGCGAGGUGUUAGGAAAGAAAAUACUCUGUGUUGCAGGCAGACCAACAACCAACGACACCGAUACGUCUACGACGAUAAUGAUAACAAUGACUGAGGAAAACCAAAUCGAAAGAGUCCACAGCUAAAAUGUUUUAGUACUCAACCAGAGAUUGACGUUUGGAAAGCACACGGACAAUUUUCUUAAAACAAUGAAAUGAAAACGAAUCAAGAAAAUGAGAGUUGUAAACCAUUGAAGGAAGAAACCUUAGAAGUGAUCAUUUAAAAUAUUAAAAAAUCAAACUGUGAUAUUAAAAAAUCAUAAUUAAGUAGCUUUCAACGCAUAUUUGGAACAUUUCGGCUGUGAUAAUGGCUGUCAUCAAUAAGCGUUUAUUGCCCAUUAAGGCUCAUUACUUCUUUUUUAUGGCUGCAAUGGGUCCCAUAUUACCCCAACUAGCAGUUAUUGGCAAAGGGUUUGGCAUAUCGGCCGAAGUCAUGGGCUACAUAAUGUGCAUAUUGCCUGUGAUGUAUGUCAUAGCCAAGCCCAUGUUUGGCUUUGUGGCAGAUUAUUUUUCGCACUUCCGUAAAUCCAUAUUCAUCGCUUUAAUUGUGGGCAUGACAUUAUCCUAUGCCGCUUUUUAUUUUAUACCGCCCUCUCCUGGCUCUUUCAUCACCUCCGACGAGGUGUGGAAUGUAAGUCUGACAACGCAGAAUAUAUCCACAUGCAAUCCAGAGCUUCUAAAUGAAAACAAUUUGUGCUACAAUACCCACAAAGCUGAAUGUUCGGAUAACUCCACACCAAUGACAUUUGAAGCCUAUUUUGUUGAUGUUUUCAAUCCCGCCCUAGCUCCUCUUAAUUUGAGCAGUAACUUUGUAAAAAAUUCCCGAGAUUUACACAUAUGCUUGGAGCUAAAUCAUAAAAUGCCCCAAAAUGUCGCAACAUCUCUCUUCAAUGGCACUUGCAACUUUCGAGCAGAUCUACAGACCAGUUGCCUGUAUAGCUCUGCUACUUUUUGGCUAUUCGUGCUUUUCCUGUUUGCCGGAACAAUUGGUUUCAAUGUAACCAACUCCAUAUCUGAUGCCAUUUGCUUUGAUAUGCUUGGCGAUAUGGCAGAAAAUAAAUAUGGCAACCAACGUGUUUGGGGUACCAUUGGAUUCGGUUUAACCUCCCUAAUUGCGGGUAUAGUGGUGGACCUUUGGACAGUGGAGACUAUCAAGAGUUUUACCCCAGCCUUGGUGAUAAUGUUGAUCUUCAGUGUAUUCGAUUUGUUUAGUGUAUCCAAGUUGAAGCUGCCAAAAUUAUCCUCAUCGGAAUCGAUAACCCGAGAUGUCUGGGAAUGCAUAAGUCAACCAUCGGUGGCCACUUUUCUGGUAUUUGCCACCAUAGCUGGCAUCAUUGAUUCCUUUAUUAUAUUCUAUAUGUUCUGGCAUGUGGAGGAUGUGGCCAAGGAGACUGGUUUCACGGAUCAAAUCAAGCUGAUUGAAGGAUGUGUGGUGGCCGCAGAGUGUUUGGCCGGGGAAGUGCCCUUCUUCUUUUACAGUGGAAAAAUUAUCAAAAAGUUGGGAUAUGUGCACUGUAUGAGUAUGUGCUUCUUUUUCUAUGCCAUACGCCUGGCUCUGAUAUCGUGGAUACCAAACCCUUGGUAUUUGGUUGGAGUAGAGCUAUUCUUUCAGGGUUGCACUUAUGCCCUUUGUUAUACCGUCAUAGUGGCCUAUGCCUCGGAAGUGGCCCCUCCUGGCACCUCUGCAACCAUACAAGGCCUAAUUGCCGGCAUGGAUGAUGGUUUGGGUUUCAGCAUAGGCUCACUUAUCGGAGGCCUAGCCAUGAACCGUUUCGGUGGCAGAAACAGCUUUAAGUACUUCUCCAUUUUGGCCAUUUGUACCUGUGUAGCUCACAUUGUAUUGCGGCCAGCUUCGAGGAAACGACAAUAUUUGCCCAAAACUGGUUAUAAACCCCCCACGGAGCAAGAAAUGGUCCCCAUGAAAGAGGAACCGCUUAGUGCAUAUUGAAAUUUCUUGUGUGUCUCUGGAAGACAAACUCCGUGGUGAAAAGUAAAAGCAAAAAUGUGUUACUAAUGACAAUUUCUAUAUUUGUAAGAUUUUAUAGUUGUUUAGAGUAGAAUCAGAAAUUAUUUUAAGAAAUAUUUUCUUAACUCUUUUGUACUCUUUUAUAUGUA